AUGAUAGACCCUCGACAAUUUUUGAUGCCUUUUUAUCUGAACCCCGCGCUAUUGCACCCAAAUACACCAAUUGGUGUUGGUGUGAAUCCGCAACGAAUGAGUUCCGGGUCGAGUUUUCGGAUUUCUGAUUUGCUAGAAAGUUCAAGCACUGUAUCAGGUAUUUUUCCCCAUAGCUUUUUUUUCAAUGUAAAAUUUUUUGCUUUUCAGAUCCUUCACCAAAGUCUGAAACCUCAUCAAUUUCGCCAAGACUUUUGAGCCCGAGCACAGAGCGCUCGGGAAGUCCAAGCUCCAAGAAAGCCAGAAAAGCUCGCACAAUUUUCACUGACAAACAACUUCAGGAACUUGAAAAUACUUUUGAUAAACAAAAAUAUUUGUCUGUGCAAGAUCGAAUGGAAUUGGCACAUCGGAUGGGGUUAAGUGAUACACAAGUCAAGACUUGGUAUCAGAAUCGAAGGUGAGAGAGGGUCAGGGACCACCCAUGAAGAAAAUUUAGAAUUUAGUAUUUUUAGUCAUGAGCGGCUGCUAGGAAAUAUUUUUUUUGUGAUCAAUCAGAUCAAUAAAACUAGGACCACCCACGUUGAUAAGUAAUAUUUGAACCAUAGAAUUCUCCAGACUACCCAUAUUUUUUAAAAUUUCCUGAAACCUGCAAAAAUCAAGCACCUACAGUACCCCCCGUUUUUCUGGACCACCCACAUUCUUCUUCUUCUUUCCCGUUUCAUCAAAUAUUCGCCCAUUCUUCUUUUUCCAUAAAAUGCUCUCAAAUAAUUAGUGGAAUACAUGAAAAGAGGGUAUAUAUUUCAUCAUAUUAAAUAUUAACAACAAGAUGGGUGGUCGAUUAUUAUUAUUAUUAUUAUUAUUAUUAUUAUUAAAUUGUCAGAAAGACCGCCUAAUGAAAUUUUUUUUAGAAAAAAAGGGGAGACACGCAAUGUUCUGUUCUGGAAUUUGAAAUUUGAAAUUUAUUAUAAACGAAAAAAAAUGGGGAGACACUCAAAGACCACCCUGGGUUUCUGCAGAAAAUUAAUUAAUUUUCAAAUUUUCAGAACAAAAUGGAAACGACAAGCUUCAACUGGAAUGGAUUUGCUCAAUGAGCCUGGAAAUUUGGCGGCGGUCCAGAAUCUGAUUCGAAACAACCCGUAUUGGACGAAUUAUAUCCCUGGAGUUCCAGCUUUGAAUUUCCCGCUUCUAAUUCCACCACAACAACCACAAAUCUCUAAAUCUCCAGAAUCUUCCUCAAAUUCUGAAUCUUAA